GUUGAGAAAAUAUGGCCGCCAAUAUCGAGGAAAUUCAAGUCACAUUGUUUGCGGUUUAAUUAUUUUGUGCUCUCUGUCUGUAAGAGGAAGGGCUACCUCCCUUACACACUGUCUAUUCAAUGGAGGAAUCUGAUUUUGAGGCACAGCUGGCACAAGAGGAAGAACAGAAAAAGAGAAAAACCAAAGUUGAUGAGGAUGGGACCGAGUAUGAAUGGAAUGAUGAGAAACAAGCAUGGUUUCCAAAGAUUGAUGAUGAUUUUAUAGCCCGAUAUCAGAUGAGCUAUGGUGCUUCAGAGGCCAGCCCUAGGCCUGAUACUUCAGAUUUCCCAGCUCCUCCAGCAGACAUCAACAGCAUUGAGUACAAGGAAUGGUAUGAUCAGUACUGUAAGAAGUACUAUGGUGGUCAGAGGGAUCCUGGUACGGAAGCCAAGGGCAGUGGAGAGGAAGGAAGUGAGGAGGAGGUUGAUGAAAACAGUGAUGAGUACAGGAAGAAAUAUUUUGAUUACUAUGCAUACUACUAUGGACACAAAGAAGCAGUAGAAUAUUGUGGAUAUGAUUAUUACAACCAAGAAAACUCAGAGGAAAAGGAAGCAGAUGAAAGUCAGCAGGAAAAGAAGGGAAAGAAACGAAAAAAGGCAUCUGAACCCAAAAAGCCAGAAGAACCUCCUUCUUGGUUUGAUGUUGAUGAAACAAAGAACACCAAUGUAUAUGUGUCUGGACUGCCACUGGAUAUCACUGACGACGAAUUCAGAGAACUGAUGGGCAAAUACGGCCUCAUCAUGGCUGACCCACUCAGCCGAGGUCUCAAGCUCAAACUUUACAAGGAUAGUGAAGGAAAUCCGAAAGGUGAUGGGCGCUGCUGUUAUAUAAAGGUUGAGUCUGUGGAACUUGCGAGGAAGUUUCUGGAUGAUUCUGAGCUCAGAGGUCAUAAGAUCAAGGUAGAGCUGGCCAAGUUCACUAUGAAGGGAGAUUUUGAUCCCAGCAAACGGAGAAAAAAACUCAGCAACAAAGACAAGCGGAAGUUCAAGGAGAAACAAGAAAAAUUGUUUGACUGGAGACCAGAGAAAAAAGAGCUUGGACAAGGUUCUGUUCGACCCAAAAAUGAGAAAGUUGUUGUCUUAAAGAACAUGUUUGAUCCAAAUGAUUUUGAAGAGGAGCCUACAUUGAUUAAUGAUCUCAGAGACGAUGUCAGAGAUGAAUGUAGCAGAUAUGGAGAAGUGAAAAAUGUUAAGAUGUUCGACAACCACCCCGACGGUGUGAUGAUGGUUUAUUUCAAGACUGCAGAAGCGGCUGAUGGUUGUAUAGCUGCUCUUCACCACAGAUGGUUCUCAAAGAGGCGUGUCAUGGCACAGAAUUGGGACGGACGAACCAAGUUUGAAAUCGAAGAGUCGGAAGCAGAGAGAGAGGAACGGUUGUCCAAGUGGGAGAAGUUCUUGGAAAGUGAUGCGAAAAAAGAGGAAGAAAGUGGUCUGGCCAAAGAUCAGAUAGAUCAUCAUGAUGAUACCGCCGACAAAAUUGUUAAGACUGACACUAAUGAUGAACCGAAUAAGGUUCAAGUUCAGGCAAAUGAUAAUAAAGAACAAGACGAUCUCAAUCUUAAUUCCUCAGGCAACUCCAUGGAUGCGGCGAACACCGCAGAGGGGACGAGCGCAUCGGCAAUGACCACAGAAUAAAUAGCAUUGUGGAUAUGAGAA